UGUAAUAAUUACAAUGUUUCCUUCGUUUCAGGAUUAAGGUAUGAUCGCCAAGGGAGAAAGGUGAUGCGGCGGAACAACGGUUGGUUGGCCAUAUUGGCCAUUUCAAUGGUGUUGCCGAAUUUACGGCACGGAUUAGCGGAUGAGCAGCUUCCGCUCGAUCAUGGGAAUACGGAGCUGCGGGCGAACCGCAGCAAAUCCGCUUACCAGUCUCGAGCUUCUAAUCGAGCGAUUCAUAAUCUUCGUAAUCACGACGAUCGUCAAGAAUCAUUUCUACCGACAGACACCAACGAAGAAUUAUCCGCGAGCACAAUUCUAAACGAAAGAUUGAAAUCAGAUUCUCAGCCAGCUUCGUCUGUUGAACGAACGAACUCGAAAGAAAGGAAACUCCGCCUGGAAGAUUCGCAAAAACGAACUGAUAAGUCUUUAGCCAACAAACGAAUCGCAGAAACGGAAAUCCUCGACAGGAUUCGAAAUUCGCCUUCGUCCUGGAUUUCCGCUGCCAAGAUAAAGGACCAUUCAAGAAACAAGGAGCCAUCUAAACGCGAGAAACAGACGCUGACAAGCGAAACUCCAACCGGAAACCAGCUCUCGGUCGCUGGGCAUCCGUAUUACGGUCACGUCGAUGGGAAUUUGCAAAAUGACGAGUUCCUGGGAGCUUCUGAAAAAGGUGGACAAGAAAAGGAUCACGUGAAAGGAUUUUCGACAAAGGAAGUGGAUGUAGAACAGGAAGACGUAAAUGGUAUAAACCCAGCACCAUUUAUGGUUGCAAAUGACAACGAAUUCACGAAUAAAUCUAUUGUAAUUAAUGAAAAAUUAGAAAAUGAUGAUUUAAAAUUGAAAGGCAAAUGGGGCAACGCAUCGGUAUACAAUUUAAUGACCGGUGAACAUUUGAUUAAUAAAUCCAUUAGAAUUUUAAGCCGAAAAGGAAAUAAAAAUACAGAGAAACCAUAUCCUUCGUUUGAUUUGAAAUCUUUGAAUCAAUCAAAGCAGGGUGAUCAUUCUUCAAACUUUGCAGACGAGUUGACAUUUAAUAAAUCAGCAGCUUCGAAGAAUCCUUUGGGAAAUGAAACCCUUUUGAAACAGGCAUCACUCGUGGACAAGAAUGCUAGCAGGGACAAUGGUAAUACUUUUUCCACAGAUCCAGACUUUCCAAUCGCGUUUACCGAAUCGAACACCAGAGAAUACCUGUCUGUCGUGGAAACGGUACAUAAUUCAUCAAAUCAGAAUCACGUAGAAUCGAAUGACAGAAAAAUCCAGCAAGAAAUUGAAAACAUCUUUAAUAACGAAACGAAUGAAAAUAAUAUGCAAGAACCAGACUUCACUUUUGACAAAGAGAACAUCUCAGAUAAUUCGAUCAAGGAGAAGGAACUAAUAUCAAAAGCACUAGACUUAAAUGAUGGUGAAUCAGGAACCGGAUCUUUGAUGUUAGACAACGAACACCAGUCAAACCGGCAGGACGGGAAGGAAACAGAUGCAAUAGAAUUAAACGCGACAUGGAAGGAGCUUAAUGAACACGACAAGGAAGACGAGUUUAAAGCCACACAGGAAGAGGGGUCUUUAUUUAAGAGCGUGACAAAGGAUGCUGAGGUUUCUCUUGUCGAAUCACUUACUGAAAAUCCUACACAUUCUUCAAUGAUUGAAAUUAAGAAAAAUUUCAAUAAAAAAAAUACUGAAACCUCUUCCAAAAAUUUUCAAAUAAUUGCACAAACUAUGAAAACUGAGAGGACGCAGUUGAAAAGCUUAAAGCAAGAAAAGAAUAUUUCAUUAAAUGAUUCAGAACCGGAUCAGGAAACCCGGUUCGUUAAUCAAUCGUUAAUGAGUAUCCGAGUGAUCUCCAAAGAUAGGUCUAAUGGUUCAAUAAUUGUUUCCGAGGAAGACUUCCUGGUUCCUCAAAACAGCGUCGAGAAAAUCAAGAAUAACGAACCAACCGUUGAGUUUCGUUGGAAAAACGCGGAGAACAAAGGGGUCGUGGGCGGAUCUGGGGAUAAUGGAACGUUGAACCAGGUUAAUCCGACCAGAAACGAGGGAAAGGACAUCGAACAUCCAACGAAUGAGCGAUCGAUGGACCGUAGAGUAUCUGGUGGUAUUAUGGCAAGCUGGAUGAACCAGCAUUUUCCGAAAGGCAGGAAAUCCAGAUCGUCGAAAGUGACGAGCACGACGUCGACUAGCAUCGAACUCGGUUCCUCCGACUUGAAGAAGGAUCUUGAAGAAUGGGCGCCUGUAUCGAGCAACGAAGACGCUCGAAACCAAAGCAACCUCCCGAAUGGUCCAACGUUAUUGGAAUCGUUGGAUCAUCCCCUAGAGUUUCUCUUUCGAAAUCAAUCGAAGAACCUAACCGAAAUUAUCCAGGAUCCCGAGGAGAUUUCCAUCGAUGAGAAUGUCACGUUUACGACGACUGAAUUUGGUCUACUGUCCACCGGUAACGAGCAACCAUCGUUCGGCUUCGACCUGAACCCUUUGGAGACGAACGGAGAUGAACGCGCGAAUGUGGAAGAUGGAUUGUAUAAAGUAAAUAACUCGUCCGUAGAAAUGGAACCAUUGAACCAGUGGCCGGUUAAACACAGUGCGGUCGUCGAGGGAGAUUUAGUGUUGGGUGGUCUGAUGAUGGUACACGAGAGAGAGGAUACCGUUACUUGUGGCCCUGUGAUGCCGCAAGGAGGUGUACAAGCACUGGAAGCGAUGCUCUAUACACUGGAUAGGUUGAACGAUCGAGAGAUCGUGCCUGGUGUUAAGAUCGGUGCUCAUAUUCUUGACGAUUGUGAUAAGGACACUUAUGGAUUGGAAAUGGCCGUGGAUUUCAUCAAAGGUUCAAUAAGCAACAUAGACGGCGCCGAGUAUCAUUGCAACAAAACUGCAGUGCGAAAAGUUAUCAGCGGAGUGGUUGGAGCGGCAAGUUCGGUCACAUCUAUCCAAGUGGCAAACCUCCUUCGACUUUUCCGAAUACCUCAGGUCUCUUUCUUCUCAACGAGCCCGGAGCUUUCCAACAAGCAACGUUUCGAAUAUUUCACACGCACCAUACCGAGCGACCAUUACCAAGUAAAAGCAAUGGUAGACAUCGUGUUAAUAAUGGGCUGGAGCUACGUGUCCAUCAUAUACGAAGAAAGCAAUUACGGUAUAAAGGCAUUCGAAGAGCUCGAGGAAUUAUUAGGAAAACACGAUAUAUGCAUCGCGAUCAAGGAGAAACUCGUGAAAGACUCUGGCGUUGCUGAGGAAACUGCAUACGAUAACAUCGUUCUGAAAUUAUUAACAAAACCUAGAGCACGAGGAUGUAUCAUAUUCGGGUCGGAUCAAGAAGUUGCCGGAGUUAUGAGAGCGGUUAGACGUUGCAAUGCAACCGGUGCGUUUUCGUGGAUCGGUAGCGACGGAUGGAGUGCCAGGGGGUUAGUUAGUAACGGCAACGAGGCGGAAGUGGAGGGUACACUAUCGGUUCAACCCCAAGCCAAUCCUGUCAAGGGUUUCGAAGAGUACUUUCUGAAUCUGACCGUCGAGAACAACCGAAGGAAUCCGUGGUUCGUUGAAUUUUGGGAGGAUCAUUUCCAAUGUAGAUACCCGAACGCAUCCAGAACUCCGUACAAUCAAAAGUACACGAAACCGUGUACAACCAAGGAGCGUCUAACUAAACAGGAUACUGCAUUCGAGGAUCAACUGCAGUUCGUUUCUGAUGCAGUUAUGGCGUUUGCGUAUGCUUUCCGAGACAUGCAUAGAGAUCUUUGCCUCGGUAAACCGGGACUUUGCGACUCUAUGAAACCAACCAAAGGCACGGAACUUUUAAAGUACCUUAGAAAAGUGGAUUUCGAAGGUCUAAGCGGAGACAAGUUCAAAUUUGACAAGAACGGGGAUGGGCCGGCCAGAUACAAUAUAAUACACUUCAAACAAGUUCAACCCGGCAAGUAUAAGUGGAUACGAGUCGGUAAAUAUCUGGAGGGUGAAUUACGGUUGAAUAUGUCCGAUAUCCAAUUUAAACUUGGACAUCCUCAGCCGCCCGAAAGUGUAUGCUCUCUGCCCUGCGAAGUCGGCCAAGCAAAGAAAUACGUUGAAGGCGAGAGAUGCUGUUGGCACUGCUUCAACUGUACUCAAUAUCAGAUACGACAUCCGAAAGACGAGACUCAAUGCAUUCCCUGUCGUCAAGGCACCGUACCAGAUGAAACUCAUUCUACUUGCCGUGAUAUCCCUGAAGAAUUUCUACGACCAGAAAGCGGUUGGGCAAUAGGAGCAAUGUCCUUUUCUGCAGUAGGAAUCAUGAUAACUAUGUUCGUCGGCGGAGUGUUCCUGAAGCACAACGACACCCCGGUGGUCCGUGCAUCCGGUCGCGAAUUGUCCUACGUCCUGUUGUCCGGAAUUCUGUUCUGUUAUCUGGUUACGUUUGCCCUUGUCCUGAGACCUACGGACAUCGUUUGCUGUAUUCAAAGAUUUGCUGCAGGUUUCUGUUUCACCGUCGUCUACGCUGCUCUUUUAACGAAGACAAAUCGAAUAUCAAGAAUCUUUAACGCGAGCAAGCACAGCGCAAAGAGACCAUCUUUCAUAUCACCGAGGUCGCAAUUGAUCAUUUGCUCGGGAUUAGUGUUCGUCCAGAUCCUAAUUAACGGGGUGUGGAUGAUUAUUGACCCGGCUAGAGCGAUGCACCAUUACCCUACCAGAGAAGACAAUUUGCUGGUCUGCAACAGCUACGUGGAUGCCAGUUACAUGAUCGCCUUUGCAUAUCCGAUCAUGUUGAUCGUUGUAUGCACAGUAUACGCAGUGCUUACGAGAAAAAUCCCCGAGGCAUUCAACGAGAGCAAACAUAUCGGUUUCACAAUGUACACCACGUGUGUCAUAUGGCUAGCUUUCGUGCCACUGUAUUUCGGUACAGGAAACAACGUUGCUCUAAGAAUCACCUCAAUGUCAGUAACUAUAAGUCUCUCAGCCUCGGUUACUAUAGCAUGUCUCUUCAGUCCAAAGUUAUACAUCAUUUUAAUUCGACCAGAGAGGAACGUACGACAAAGUAUGAUGCCAGCCAGAUAUAGCACCACGAAAAGUUCAGCUGUUACUGCUACCAAUGCUUCCAGUAUGAUAGCACCGAUAACUUUAACAGCAGCUACGUGUGAUCAAAAUAAAGCUGUUAAGAAGCAUAUUAUCACUACCAUUGAUUGUUCGACUCAAAGUGAAUACUACGAGCUGGAAGUGAAAGAUCAGAAGAACGGAAAGCCACCACCAACGGUAGUCUCACGCUCGACCCAAACUUCCGGUAACAACGAAGAGUCGAGUGCGAUCGUCUCGAGCAAAGAUUCGAACGAAAACACCGCCACAACGAAACAAUUAAACAACAACGCGAGAAUAGAAAACGGACCAGUAAAUCAGAGCGAUGUUCCCUUAUAGCAGAUAGCCACAGUGGAAGCAGACAUGUUGUCCGCGAAUCUGAAGCCAAUUUCGAAGAAGCCCGUAAUAGUUUGAAGAGAAUAUCUGAAUAAUAUUUUGUAAAUACGACUGAACAUACUUCGAGCUGAAUAUCAUGCUGUACGUUGAUAUUUAACCCCUUCGACCCGAAGUCAUUACAAUAGAAAAAUUUUCGUACUCUGGGUAAAUGUUGAUUUAUAUAAUUAUUUUGAAAUUUUGAAAUUUAUGACAUGACUAAAAUUGGAAAAAAACAUGAUUCAACCUUAUAUCUUGAAAAUUAUAACGAUUGAUAUGCAACGAAAUAUUACUGUUGGGUUAGAAGGGUAAGACUCCAAGUUGAUUAAAAAUUGUGUAAAUUGUGCUAUCAAGCGUCGAAAUAAUUUUGUCUUGUCUAGACGAGAAAAAUGAUUUCGAAAAUUGUUAUCACACGAGACCAUAAAGAUGCUAGAUACGCGAUAUUACACAUUGUGCGUGAUAGUAAUCACCGAUUGCAAUUAAUUGUUAAGUCGCGUUUGAAAUACUGCUCUGGUUUCUUCUGUGAUCAUAGCAUAAUUCGUAUAAUAAUCACGAGAAAUUGCAUAAAUCUCUUUUGUACAUACACCAUGAUACAGUGUUUCAUCAUCUGUGCACACGAACGCGAACCGUUAACUAAUUGUAAAUACUGAUUAGUCGGAUUCGUUAUUAUGUAAAGAAAAAAAAAAGGAAUUUCUGUAGCCAGAUCGUUGCCAAAUGUAAGAAUUUGCGUCCAAACGAGACGAUCUUCUACCAAUGAUCAGAAUUUUUGUAAAAAAGAAAAAAUCAAUAGUUAAUCAUUUAUCUGUACAUAAAUUUCAUUGUGUAAAUAUUACAAGAACGUUAAGAAUUAAUGCACGUUCGAAGCUAUUUACAAUUCGCUUAAAAUCUUGUCAACGUUUCAAUGUACGAACGUUGGUCUUUAGAUACCUUUUCUCUUUUUUUCGAAUCUCCUCUGCAGACUAUAGGAAUUGCUACAAGUAGAAUUGAAACGCGAUAAUCGCGUUUUCUCGUACGAUCUAGUCAUUCAAAUUUUAUUAUAACGUGAACGACUUUGUACGAAAUAAAAACGACGAAAUCAUUCUGUAUGAUCUGAGGUAUAACCGGAGGAAGUGAUAUAGCGUGGCUAUAAAUUAAACAAUGUCUUAUGUUAACCCCUUUUUUGGAUAGAUGAUUUCAUGGUUUCCUAGGACCAUUAUUUCGUUUGAAUACCAUUUUACAAAAUUGCUAUUACACUAUAUCUUUUCCUCUAACUAUACAUAAUGUACGUAUGUUAGGACUUGUACAUUCGUUUCGUAGAAUCGCAAUACGCGAUAAACAUAUCCACUCUGACACGUAUACGUAGCCGAUUUCUUGAUAACAAUAAUAACAAGUUACCAAUUACUUCGACUAAUUCGUUGUUAACACUUUCGCUGCAUUUCAUGUCCGUAGCGAACCUGUUAAAUAACGAUUUCAUAAAAUAACAAAUUUGUAAAAUCAUUUGAACUUUUAUAGAACAAAGAAUAAUUGUUUCUGCUUAACUUUGGAUACGUAUGAGCCCAGUAUCCAUCGUUCGGCACGCUGAAUAAUUUAUGUAACAAACAAAGUACAUAAUUUCAUUUCGAAAGGAAACGAGUCCAAGUGUUUAAAAUAAAAAAACAUGUAUUUGAACACGUUCGAUUCGCGUGUAAAUAUCUGAAACUGUACAUAAUUAAAUGAUAUCGUUUAAGGCAUGAUGUUAGUUCAUACGGAACCAAUUUAGUAAAUAAUUCUACGAAAGAUUAAGACUUCGAAAUGCAACGCGACAUACCGAGACAGUGUAAUGGCAACAUUAAAACUAAUUAACGCGAACCGUUAUGAUCUAAGCAUAUUUUAAAUACGUACGAAUGCUAAGUUAGAAAGACACCUGUUUACGAUGUAUCCGUUAAAGUGAA